CAACGGGCCUAGCUCAGUUUGGUACACCCAUGAACUGUUGAAAUACGACCCCAAUUUUUUACUAUUAUUAUUUUUUUAAUACGACCCCACGACCCCAAUUUCGAAUCCAGCUUGUGUAAGGAAGACAAAGCAAAAGCAAAACGGCGCCACUGUGAAGCACCGACCAUCGUGCUCAGCAUCACCUCCUACUGCGCGCAAAAAACUACCCUGCCGGGAAUCUUUCCACGGUUGCAGGAGCGGGUUGCGCGCCACGUGGAUUCAAUGAUCAGGAGGUGGGGGAGGUUUAUUUUCUUGUGCGAGCAAGCGCGCAAAGCCAGUCGUGUGCUCGAAGACGAAGCAUUGUCAUUGUCAGCAAAGUUGCCCACUGCUUGAUCGAAGAAAGAAGCAGAAGUCGAAGCAGAAGUCGAAGCAGCAGCAGCACCACCACCACCAACCACAGCAGCAGCAGCAGCAGCAGCAGCAGCAGAAGAAGAAGAAGAAGAUGCCGGCGCUCCCUGCGCCAAACGAGAGAACCGUGUGCGAAAUCAGUCGGACUUUGUGUAAGAUUACGGCAAAAAGGGAAACGAGAAAAAUCUCAACCUCGUUAGCUUUCUGUUUUUGAAAAUGUGGUCUGAUGUCUGCGCUCUCGGUGGCGCAAGAAGCUUAUGGCAAAAUCUUGGGUUGCACGUACCCGGAUAUUAUCAUCGGAAGGGCGGACUUGCCCGAGGCCGGGCUAGAGUGUGCUCCAACAGUGCAGAUUGUUGGCGAGUAUGUGCGGGGCCUUCCCAUUGAAGAGAACCCUGAGAGGGACCCAGCUGUGCUUGCAGAGAUGGACGUGGCUGAUGACAUGGCAGGGGAAGACAGAUUAGUGGACAACGUAGCUGAGGUUGUUCCACGUGGUGUUCGGAGAGCGCUCAGUAAAGGUGUGGAGUUGGCUGGUCGAUUCAUCAGCAAGAUACAGAGCGGCAGUGCAUCCGCUGCAAAGUUGGAUAUGCAGUUUGCCAAAGAGCCACUGGGGAUUGUCAGCUGGCAUAAGCACAGGCUGCGCUUGGCUGUUCUCGGCAAUUACGAUAGGGUGCUACUGUACGAUUUGGAGGCAAAAGGUCCAUCUGCAAAUUCUGCUGCUGUGCUGGUACAUGAGUUUCAACGAGAUGUGGCGGUGAUGGAGUGGAGGCCUCACAGCGGUGCCACACUUGCCGUUGGAUGUAGGAAUGGCAUUUGUAUAUGGUCUUUGAACCCGCCAAUUUCAGUUGGCCCCCCGACGCCGAGUACCCCGAUAAGAGGAGGAAUCCGAGCCCCUGUUGCAGCAAACAUCCCCAAGAACAGGCUUGCUAAUGCCAAUAUGGUGUUCCAUAAAAGCCCAGGAUUCGAGCAUGUGACCUGCGUUGGCACGCUUAUGCGGAGAGGACUUUCCGGCGUUUCACUGUUGAGGUGGUCCCCCACGGGAGAUUACCUUGUUUCUGCAAAAGUAGGGGGCGAGUUUUACUUGUGGGAGACGAAUACGUGGCGCUCCGAAAAGUGGUCCUCUGGGAGUGGAAGAGUGGUGAGCUGUGAGUGGAGUGCUGAUGGGAAAACCGUGCUGCUAGCUUUCGCGAACUCAACAGCAAUCGGAUCGAUUCAUUUCACUGGGAGACCUCCAUCUCUGGAUGCACACCUUCUGCCUGUGGAACUUCCUGAAUUGAGCGCCCUCGUUGGAGUAGGGAAGGAAGGCUCACCGGGUUGCAUUAGAGGGCCACAUCCGGAUUCCAAGCCGUUAACUCUCUCCUUUCACUCCCGCCUCCAGCGAAGGGCACUUCUGGCUGUGGGAUGGAGCGAUGGUUGUUGUUGCAUAUACCCACUGCUGUUCAGAGGCACGUGAAUGAGGCGCGAUUCAAAAUUCUGUCUGAUGACUCUGAUUCUGAUCCUGUGAGCCAAGAGGCCAAAGACAAGCUCAACAAGAUCAUCGUCAAUGGUAGAAAAGAAGACGGUAGCAAGAUAGAUGCACAGAGAGAGAGAGAGAGAGAGAGAGAGAGAGAGAGAGAGAGAGAGAGAGAGAGAAGCAUAGUGUUGUCAGGGAAUGCAGGAUGUUUAGGAGGAAAUAGUGCGCAAUUGUUAGAGUAGAAAUUAUGGGUAUUCGGCGGGCAACAGCAGCAUUAUGACAUAUUGAUCUUCAGCGAGCUUGGAGUCCGCUUUCUGUUUUCUCACCUGCUAGGCUGACAAGUGUUUUGCAG